CAAUCUCAGCUAUUACGUAAUUUUCCGUCAUAAAAAUGUCCACAGAUCUUCAUCAUAAACAUGAUAAAAUAAUUAUUUGGAAUACGUUCAUCCGUUGAUUGUUGGUUAUAGAGACUACAAGACUGUCAAGAGUAUCGUUAUUAGAAGAUAAUCCAUCAAUGCACUUCAGCUCACACACCCUUUAUAGAACUAAGUCUGGUGGAAUAUAGACGGAGUAGAGAUAAUUAAACCAGUGGCGUUGUGAUAAGAGUUUACAUCAAAUUGCUGUGUUGAAAAACCGCACUGCCUGAAAUCAAUCAAUACAUUGAUGGUGAACCUGCUCUCCUGGUAGUGGAGUUUCUGGCAUUAACCACCUGGCAUAGUUUAGAUGUCUUGGCCCUUGUAACGGAGCGGGCCAUUCUCACAGUAAACUGCUGGGAAGAACUGUGCAUGGCACCAAUACUGGAGAGUUUCUAACAGAUGUUGGAAUAUUCCUCAGGACAUGUCAUAGCAGUGUUCAGGAAUAAAGUUACGUAUUGUAUUCUGACAGAUGUUUUUCUGGAAGAAGGCUAACGUAUACCAUGGCAGAAAAUGGAUCUACAGAUGAAGUGGAAGAAAAGGAUUUCAAGGAGCUAAAAGAAAGAUGCAAAAUAAUAUUCGAGGCUGAUCCAUCCCAGACACACACGGACUCUUCUUUGCGGAGAUUUCUGCGAGCGUUUGGCGAUGUGGAUCCUGCAUUCAAACAGCUGCUGAAGUGCAACAAGUGGAGACACGAGUAUGGGGUUGAGAAUCUGUCUCCGGAUGAUGACGACAUCCUGAGGGAAAUCUCCAUCGGGAAAAUACAUAUACUGAGGAACAGAGACUCACAAGGAAGACCUGUGAUAUACGUCAUAGCCCGGAAACACAAUGUAUACGAGAGAGAUAUAGAUAAAUUUACAAAAUUCAUAGUCUAUAUUUUGGAAACUGCUUGUAAGAAAUGUAACGAAGAAAUCAUCGACAACUUGUGCAUAAUAUUUGAUCUGAAAAACUUCAGUCUGAGUUGUAUGGACUAUCAGUUUAUCAAGAACCUGAUAUGGUUGUUGAGCAAGUACUAUCCCGAACGAUUGGGCAUUUGUCUAAUCAUCAACUCACCUAUGAUGUUCUCAGGUUGUUGGGCCAUUAUUCGUCCAUGGCUAAAUGAAGUAACGGCUCGCAAAGUGACGUUUGUAUCCGAUAUACAGCAGCUGUGUCAGUACAUUCAUCCCGACGCCCUGCCACCAGACGAUUAGAACAGAAAGUCACAAGACUUGGCAGCUUUCCACCUCAUUCAUCUCACUCAACUAGCGAUGUCAUUGUCACAUACAGCGGAUGAACAUUUCUUCUUAACAUGUCAGUUUUAGCGCAACUCACAGCAAUGCAUUUUAUCUGUUGAAACUAGAAUUGUAUUUUGUAAAUUAACAUAAAUUUUGAUAAGUCACAGCAACACAUUUGUCUACUAAAAUUAAAUAUAUGAAUUAUAUUUUAUAUUUGACUCACAGCAAUGCAUUUUAUCUGUUGAAUUGGAAUUGUAUUUAGUAAAUUAAUAUAAAUUUUGAUAAGUCAUAGCAACACAUUUGUCUGUUAAAAUUAAAAAUAUGAAUUAUAUUUUAUGAAUGUCAAGUAACAGCAACAAUUUUUGUCUUUUGAAAUUAGAAUAAGUAUAUUUUAUUAAGUAAUAAAUACAAUUGUAACAUUUUAAGUUAUCUAUUGAAAUAAAAAAUAUGAAUUAUAGUUUAUAAGUAAUCGAUAGUAAUUGACAAAUCACAAAAGCAGAUUUUAUGUUUAAAUUAGAAUUAUAUUUUUUAAAGUAAUAUAAUUUUUGUUCUUGUUUUUUUGCUAGAGGUCUUAUAAUACAUGUACUUAAUACUGUACAUUUCAAAACUUUAGUCAUCUAAUCAAGUACUUCCCAAGGAAUACCAACUUUAGUUCUGUGAUAAAUAAUUUGGAAUAUAUUUUUUUUUUUUUUAAACUACCACAUGCAGUGUUCCAAGAAUGACAGUCAUAAGUUACUUAUUGAGAUGAUAUUAAUAACAUCUCUUUGCAUACUUCCUCGUUUGGACAGGGUCUGUAUGUAGCUCAGUGGUAAGUUCUUCGAUAUGUAGUAGGUCCUGCUAUUAAUAUUACAAAGACUAUGAUAUACAAUAUCUUGUCCUGUCUUUAGGAAGAUACAUAUAUGAAAUAUAUUAUUUAGUAAAGAGUAGGCUAUUUUAAUUUAGGGGCCAGUCACAAUUAAUAACAAUUUCUGGGGCACAGUAGCAAGUAAGGAGGGCAUCGUUGACACUUGCCGUCAUUAUGAUGGUUAAAUUCAAAACCUGCCAUUGAAAAAUCAGUUUAAAAAAAAAAAAUUUACACAUCUAGUAGAAUACCACAUAAGAUUACUUUUUGUAUGAUCUAUUAAAACAUACCACUGGUUGCUUCUGUCCCAUCCUGGAUGGAAGAGUUAAUGGUAGUCAGAACUUUUGCCCAUGAUGUGUGCACUAUAACAGCUUGCCCUGAAUGUGUACAUUAAACAACUUGAACUUGCUCCUAGGUGAUGGAGUGGUUACCACAACCAUAUAAUCCAAAAGUUGAAGUUAAUUUGUUUUGUUUAAUGGCACCACUAGAGCACAUUGAAAAUUAAUCAUUGGCUAUUGAUUGUCAAACAUUUGAUAAUUUGGACCUGCUACAUUUUUCCAUUAGCAGCAAAGGGUCUUUUA